AUGAGGAGGGUUUUCAAUAACACUACAAAGGAAGCUAUUAAAGCUUUGAUUACAAAGUUUUCAAUUCAUGGAAAAUAUGAUGUAGCAAAAAAGCUUGAAGAAUAUGUUGAUACAUUUUUAUCAAGCUUUGAUUUUGAACAGCAUCCACAAUAUGAUUUGCAAUGGUGUUUAUUAACAUUAUUAUUGGAAUUGUCCAAGGAAACUAGUAAAUCCAAUUUGGAAUGUUUAAAGCUAACACGAGGAGAAAGUAUUUUUAAUGCAACAGGUGAAAAUGAAAGUGAAGCUACAGAAGAAAUUGAUUGGGCUCAAUAUUUAAGAGAUGGACAAGAACAUUUUUUUGAUGAUUACAAAAGUGAUUCUGAAAGUGAAUGGUCUGAUAAUGAUGAAGAUGUUACUGACAUAAGCACACAACUUCAAAUAUCAACAAAUCUUAAAGAUUCAGAUAAAACAAUGUGUAUAUCUGUUACUGCUAAAAGAGAAUUAAGCACACUAUCUGUAGCUUUAACUGAAGAGCUUAAAUCUAGAAAUUGGUUAGCAUCUAAUGUUCAAAACACAUGGUGGAAUGAAUUAGAAUGGCGAAAGUAUCCAGUAAAGACUCAGUUCUGCGAUGCCCAUCUUUGUGAAAUAUGGCGUAAAGCAACAGAGACAGAUUAUGGUACUUUCGGAACACUCAGUGAAUAUUCAGUAUGCAGAGAACUAUUAUGGAUGUUUUAUACUCCAAUGUGUAUGGUAGUAUUUCAACAAAAUGAUGAAACAGACUUCUUUAUUCGUCCUAAUAUAUCUAUACCAAGCUUAACAACAGUAAACGAAUCUCUCACACUUUUGUCUUUAUCAACUCUUCUGAAGAAACGUUUGUACAAUAUAAAGAUUUUGUAUGAAGUUCAUCAAAAAGUUAUACAUGACUGGAAAGUUCAACCCAAUUGGAUAUGUGCGUCUAAAUUAUUGUCAUCUCUAUAUUUUGAAAUACAGAAAUCGCACAAUCGAAGACGAUCGAACAUUUGUGCUAGCUUAUAUUUGUGUAGUCUUAGCGUCUAUUUAAAUAUAAUCGAUACAUGGUUAGGUGAAGGACGAUUUGAAGAUUGGAGAGAAGAAUUUAUAAUUGUCAGAUUUCUUAAUGAUUCAUCAUUGGAAAAUAAUGAACAUUAUAAAGCAUUUUCUUUAAGACCUUUAGAUGAUCUGUGUUUAGCAGAUCCAAUAAUGCAAAUUCUAAUUAAAAAAAUGCAGCGUAUGGGACAAAGUGUUGAAUUAUUAGUAUCUCUAGAUCGAAUUACAGACAUAUGGAAAAUUAAUAAUGAGAAUGGUAGUAUAAAACUUGAGAAAAUAUCAGAUUAUAUAUUGCCAUUUAGGAAAAUAUUAGAAACUAUUUUGGCAGAAAUUCUUGUUUCAAGGUAUAACAGUGCUAGUAAAUUAGUAAAAAAUAUCAUGUUAGAAGAAUAUAAAUUGGAAUCUCAUUUAAUAUUAAUGAGAUCUGUGUACAUGAUGGAAGCAGGCCAUAUAAUGAGUAAAUUUUACCAGAAAUUAUUUCAGGAGAUCGAAUCUAAUCAAAUGUGGAGCAAUUCGUACUAUUUAUCGUGUAUACUUGAAGAAAUCUUAUCUCAACAGUGGCCAGAUUCAAGUUCACGUUGGUCUAUUGCAGCCCGCAGUAUUUAUACGAAUCAAGUAUUAAUAGCUAUAGAUAAUAUAACAUUGCAGUAUGCAAUUUGGAAGGAACAAAAUCAAGAAUAG